UUUCCUUAAUCAGUCGAUCAUCGGUACUCCCCAACUGACUAGCUACCACAUCCGACAGCUUCUCUUGAUCAGCUCCGGCAAUGGCCUCCGCCGACGGCGAGAUCGCCCACAAGUUCCGCUUCUUCCACGUCUACAAGGACGGCAACAUCAAGUUCUUCUUCCCUUCCAUCGAGAAGAUCCCACCAUUCGAGGACCCCGCCACCGGGGUCCGUUCCAAGGACGUCACCAUCUCCUCCGACCCGCCCGUCUCCGUCCGCCUCUUCCUCCCCAAGGCCGCCGCCGCCCCCGGCGGCAGCAAGCUCCCCCUCCUCUUCUACAUCCACGGCGGUGCCUUCCACAUGCAGUCCGCCUUCUCCCACCAAUACCACAGCUUUGUCGCCGCCGUGGCCGCUCAGGCCAACUGCGUCGCGGUCUCGGUGGAGUACGGGCUCUUCCCGGACCGUCCCAUUCCGGCCUGUUACGAAGACUCGUGGGCUGCCCUCCAGUGGGUCGCGACGAGGCAAGACCCUUGGAUAGCCGAACACGCCGAUCUCAACAGAGUCUUCCUCGCGGGGGACAGCGCCGGAGGGAACAUUUUGUACAAUUUAGCAGCACGGGUGGGGUCGGUCGGGUUGCCCGGCGCCAAGGUUGUCGGGGCGAUACUGGUUCAUCCGUACUUUGGGGGCACGGAAGAUGAUCACAUGUGGCUCUUCAUGUGCCCCACGAACGGCGGGAUGGAGGACCCAAGGUUGAAGCCGGCGAAGGAGGACCUGGCGAGGCUGGGGUGCGAGAGGGUGCUGGUGUUCGUGGCCGAAAAGGAUCACCUGAUGGAGGUGGGGAUAAGGUACGUUGAGGAGCUGAAGAAGAGCGGAUGGGGAGGGAGUGUGGAGCUGGUGAAGAACUUGGGGGAGGAGCACUGCUUUCACCUGUUCGAUCCCAAGUACGAGAAGGCCGUCGAGCUGAAGAACAAGUUCGUCUCCUUCAUCACGCAAUAGAAAUUAUAGAACCAGUGAGUAGCUGGUAAAUUGUCCACCGGAAGUGUCAAAGGGUCGUAUCCAACGGUGCGGUUGUUUCAGUUUGUGAGAAAUUAUCUCAUUAUCGGAUGAUAAUAAAGCUUAUCUUGUUCACUUGUCCUACUGUGUUUUAAUGCUAAUGCUGCUGGACUUGAAUGCGAAAUCUCGAGACAGCUCGAGUCGGGGGCUCAUGUCCUGGGAAAGUUGAUUUUCCGGUCACUUCUUCCAUCACGAAAUCAUUGAAAUGCUAUCGUGUGAUUGCC